GUACACAUCUGUCAGAGCAGAAACGCUGGGGAGUUUGGACCCGCUUCUGAACUUUGCGUCCGCUUUGAUUCAGAGUUUUACAGGGAACGACAGGCUUGUGCGCGUACGUACAGCAGGUUAAGAGGAAGUGAGGUGCAAUUAUAAAUCGGCUUUUCGCAUGAACACGUUUUCGGUUCUCGUUCUGGAGUUUAUUAUUGCGCCUCGUGCUCAUAAAUGCGCCAAGUGCAACAGUAACUCCAGACUUCAGACUGACUCUAAUAAGAGUGCUCUGAGAUGGAGUGACCAUACGAGAACAACGUUAUUCUCCUCUUCAAGAUACAGCAGAAGUCCUUCAUCAUCACCAUCAUCAUCAUCAUCAUCAUCACAUGCUGCAAACAUGAAGCAAAUCACUAAACCCACCAGGAUCCCAUCAGAGAAUCACUUUAUAACACCAGGAAGAGCUCGAUCAGCCGGGCGACAGCCGCCCUCAUUGGACAAGCUGCCUGAGCAGUACCUAAUUGGACAGUGGCCACGAGAGCCGUAUCAACCCCAGGCGUCCUGUAUGAGUGAUAAAGCCACACAGACUCCUGGCUUUUGGACUGAGGAUGAAGGAGAUGUUAACACACACAAACGCUCGGCAUCAUGGGGCAGCGCUGACCGUCUCAUAGAGAUUGCGAAGCUCCGGCAGCAGCUCCAGCGUAGUUUGCAGGGCAGCAGUAUUAUCAAGGAGAAAGAAGAAAUGACGCAGAUAAAUCCGGCUCAGGCGAAGCGUCUCUCUGCGUCUUCGUCUACCGCGGCCCCGUCCAGACCCGUCAUCUGUCGACUGCCCAGCUAUAGUGACUGUGUUAACCAGGAGCUGGAGAACGUCUUCAUCUGCGAAGACGAGAAGGCUCUGGAGGUGCGGGACGGCGGUCGUGCUCCCGUUCCUCCUCUUCUUCACGGUGAUCUUCACACACACAGUGCAGAGACGCAGAUCUCCUGCUGCUCUCCUGCCGCUGACGCCGAGAAAGAUUACAGGUGUGGUUCACCUCUGCCUCAGUUUUCCAGCUCUCCUAAACCCAACAACAGUUACACCUUUAAACGUGAGCCUCCUGAGGGCUGCGAGAAGGUCAAAGUGUUUGAAGAUCUUAUCACUUGUAGGACACAAGGCUUUUCCCAUCUUCUCCUGUCCAGACAGAAACAAGGUGAACUUCACUCCGAGCUGCUCGGCCUUCUGUCGGUCAAGCUGCUGUGUUCUCUCUGUUCCCGCCAGAUGAUGCUGCUCGUCCCAGUUCAGGACAGACGUCCGUAUCAGGAAGUGCCUGCUGCUCAGUUAGCCAAUCACAGCCCAGAUCUCAGACAGGAAGUUUUGUACUGCUAA